AUGGCGGACGUCGAAAUGGAAAUCGAUGAGCCUGGCUCCCCCCAAGCUACCCAAGCUAAGGUUAGCGACAUGCAAACGCACACCAAGGCCACGGCCGUGCGAUCAAUCGAGGGUUGGAUCAUCAUGGUUACCAAUGUACACGAAGAAGCCGACGAGGAGACAAUUCACGACAAAUUUGCCGAUUUUGGGGAGAUCAAGAACCUACACUUAAAUCUAGAUCGUCGUAGCGGUUACGGUUAUGCUCUCAUCGAGUACGCUACCCUUGACGAAGCGCGUGCUGCUAUCGAUGGCGCACACCAGACGAGGCUACUAGACCAGGUUAUCAACGUCGACUUUGCUUUCGUUAGACCACCUCCGGGUAAGGGUAAUAAUAGGGGACCUCGACAGUCUCAUCGUGGCAGGGGACGGAGCCGAAGUCGUAGUCCGGAAGGGCACAAGGAUGAUGCAGCAGAAUGA